GUUCUCCUCGUGAAAAUGAAUCAACUAAAGUAGAGUAAGAGUAGUCCCUUUUAAGUAGUAUGAUCGUUUAUCAUGUGAUACAAACAAAACAAAAUGGCGAUCCCAAGUGCAGUUUUGGCUGCAGGAUGGAUUCCGUUUGUUGUUGUUAUUGUCCUGACCUUGUUGUUUUCGGCAAUAUACAUCCGUUAUUACAUGAGCAAAUAUGACAGUGAGCUGUCGACAACCCUGGCCACCAUCUUUGCUCUAACUAUCACCUUGCUCACAUCGGCCAUUGUUCCCGUCGACAUCUUCCUCGUGUCCUACAUGAAAACGUCUGAUGGAACAUUCAAGGAUUGGGCUAACAACUCCGCCUCCAGAGAGUCAAUUGAACAGUCAGUCCUGUAUGGCUAUUACACUCUGUAUGCCCUGGUGACGUUCUGUCUGUUCAUCUUGCUACCCUUCUUCUAUUUCUUCUAUGAGGAGAAGGAUGAGGGUUCCCCUGCAUCAUGCAAGAGCAGAUGCUGUACUGCUCUGAAGUACCUGAUCGUGUUCAUCCUGGUCGUGGCUGCUCUCAUGUUGAUUGGUGCGUUUGUCCCCACCAAGGGCGCACCCAAUGCUAACUCUACGGAGUGGAAGCAGAUAGAGGCUCUGUUCAAGGACCUGGCCAGCAAUGGGAUGGAAGAUUCACUGUCCUUCGUCAUCAGUGUGCUGAGCCUGCUGGGGAUGAUGGCUUUCAUCAUGUAUACGGCGUAUGGUAUGUCGGCCAUGCCUAUUGACCUCAUCAAGGGCCGUCUGAGCGCCAGGAAGGAAAAAAUGGAAGUGCGUGGUCAGAGAGAGGAAAGGGUAGAGAGGGCAGGGAGACGACAGGCUAUCAAGGACAAGUAUUCAAGUCGCAAAAGGUUUGGCAACCGUGACCAACAAAAUACUGAUGAGCAGGAUCGUUUGAUGGAAAGACAGCUGCGCCACCUGGAAGCCAAUGAUAGAAGCUGUAUACGGAAAUGUCUGCUGGUGCUACGUCCGUUUGAGAUGCUCUUUGGCUUUUUGUUUCUCCUUGUGGCCUUGCUCAUCUUCAUCUCGCUCUUGCUGACCAAUAUUGACAAAGCUAUGCACAGUAAAGGGUACAAGAUCGGCUACGCCCUGGCUCAGAGGAAGCUGCCUAACCCCAUAGACAUCGUGCUGGUCUUCUGUCAGAUGGUGUUCCCUCUGGACUACAUCUUGAUGUCUGGCAUCAUCAUGUACUUCGUCUUCUGCUCCAUGUCCGGCAUCCGCAACAUCGGCGUCUGGUUCCUGUGGAUCAGGAUGUACAAGAUCCGUCCCCGUCGCACACGCCCCCAGGGGCUGCUGAUGCUGUGCAUGAUACUGAUGUUCAUCGUGUUGGCCAUCAACAUCAUCGUGUACGAACUCACGCCACAAUAUUCCACCUUUGGCAGCCAGAAAUAUGGCAACAUGACUGGAGCAUCAAACACGACAUCUGUUCCACUGCAUCAGUGCACAACGGAGGUGGCAGAGGACUGUGUGGUGACAAGGAUGGCGCUGCUUCUGACGCGGUUCUUCUACAAGAUGUGGUUCUUUGGCGCAGCCUACUACUGGGGCACCUGGGUCUUCCUUGGGAUAUAUGUCCUUGGGUUCAUAAUUGCUGUGAUAAAGAAAAGAAAGUCGUCAAUUGAUGGGGAAAUUGACGAGGAUGACUUUGAUGAGAGUGACGAUGAAGACCUUCUUCGCGGCUAGACACAAUGCCUUUGGACUAUGUCACAAUUAGCUACAUCUGAUGUGAAUAAAAAUUACAUCUUAAAUAUGCAGCAGGCACAUUUUUUAUAAGAAAGGUACACAGUUUGGGACCUUUAUCACUGCAUAUGUUUAGUAUUAAAUCAGUUUCUCAAAGUGAUGAAAGAAAUAUUCAAGGAAAACAUUUAGGUAAUGUUUCCUUUCUGCAAAAAGAACAUGAGCACAAGAACAAACUGGAAUUCUGGUGUGUAUUUAUUUUCUGUAUAUUUAUUUCUGUUUUGAUUUCUUCUUUUUUCUCAUUAACUUGAUUUGAUGUAAUUCAUAACUCCAAAUGAUUAAUGCGUAAAGAUAGUUACAUGUUAAUGACUAUCAGAUGGUUACCUUAUUUAUUAGAUGUUUGCUUUGUCAUUGGUGUUUCAGUUUAAGAGACUGCAUGGCUGACACAAUGCCAUGGCUGUAUUCAAUUGUAACUCACUUAUUUAAGCUUAUAGAAUUCCUGUUAUUGGUAUUUUGGAAUCCAUUUUUUUCUGUGUUGUAUGUGUAAAACUUGUUCCACUCAUAUGUUCAUUACUCACUUAAUGUUGGUCUUCGGCAACACAUGAUUCUUGUAAAAGGCAACAACUGGAUAGGAUGGUCAGGCUCACUGACUUUGUUGAUGUAUUUCAUCUUAUCCCAAUUCUAUAGAUCGAUGCUUUUGAUGUCAAACACUGGAUUGUCUGGUCCAGAUUCAAUUAUUUACAGACUGUCGUCUUAUAGCUGGAAUAUUGCUGAGUGCGUAUAAGCAUCAAAUAAACAAACAAUACUCUCUUUAUGAGAAAGUGUAAUUUGUAAAUGUGUAAAUUUGUUUGUCCAUGUAUAUAAAUGUUGAUAGUGAUAUUGUACAUAAUGUGGAAUACAGUCAAACACCAUUAUCUCAAAAUACUUUAUCUCGAUUGCAGCGAUGUUUUGAACCUAUUCUCCAGCCCUGACCGCCUCACUAUAUAAAUGGGUAUAUAAACUUGACAGCUUAACUCGAAUUCGAGAUAAGAAUACAAAGCGCAUCUCAAACCUUGGACUUGGUCCAAACUUUAAUAUAGAAUCUUGUACCUUUAUCUCAAAGUUGACAUUUGCCACAUGGAUUAACCUGCUAAGCAUUCAAUAUAAUUUCAUGGGCUAAACCUGAUUAUUUUUCCUCUUUUAAGAUCAUGUGCUUGAAAAAAAGUGUUUUAAGGACUUGCUGGUACCCAUCUAUGUGCUAUUACCAUGUGCUUUCUGUGGGAUGUCUGUGAAGCACAUGUACAAAGUUUAUUCCUUUGAAAACAUUUUUGUAUUAUUGUGGGAAGUACUUAUAUUUCAUUUUUACAAACAAAACUGACAGUGAUUGAAAACAACUUGUGCAUAUCAAAGCUCUUGAUGACCUGUUCCAGCAACCUUUUUCUGAAAUAUGCUGAAAACACAAAAUUCAGACUUAAGGAUAAAUAGUCCUGUAUUCAAAUCUGGAGUAUUAUUUGAUAAUGUAAAUAUGUCCUUAUUUAUAUGUUUUUUUAUCACAAAUAAAUGAUUACUAAUAUAUCACAUGUGUCAAAUAUAUAUACAUGUGUCAUACAGCUCUAACAAGACCAUUUGCAAUGAACUGAGCUUCAUUGAUCAUGUUUGUUGUGUAAGGUAAAUGUGACUUGAGCCUUGUCAGCGACAUUUUGUAGAGCAGUUGUACAUAGCAAGAAAUAUUGCAGGUUAUACCCUGAAGUUUGUCUAUGGUUAUGUACUACUCAAAACAAGUUAAGGAACUCCUGAUUCUUUCAUACACCGAGAGGUAAAAGCGUUCGCUCGUCACGCCAAAUACCCAGGUUCGAUACCCGACAUGGGUACAAUGUGUGAGGCCCAUUUCUGGUGUCCCCCUCCCCCCUGUGAUAUUGCUGGAAUAUUGUUAAAAGCGACGAAAACCAUACUCACUGAUGUAUGGUAGAUUAACUGUACUAAUAUGAAAGAAUCAGGUGUUCUUUUGAGUAGUAAUGAUUUGAGGCUUGUCAGCUCAAUCGUAUUUUGACCAAGGAUUCGUUUUCAUAUUUCUGGGUUUGUGUUAUUGCUGUGAUAUAAACACAUUAAGCCAGGCCAAACUACUUUUUUUGUUUUAUAAAGUUUUCUUGGUCAAUGUACCCAAAGGCAAAAUACAAAAAUAUGUUAUCAGAGUUGAUUUGAGAAUAAUUUCCCCAAAAAGUGUUUGAAAUAUAAGAGCACAAAAUGUUUAAAUAGCUUUACUUCAAUCAAACAUCAUUUUAUUAAAUAUUUGUUUCACUUUUACAAAAUUGUGGAUAGGUUUGACAGUAUUACACAAAAACAUUAGCCCUGCCUUUAAGGAAAUUGAGUGGCUCAAACACCGGCACUUAUCUAAACAAACUCGAGCAGCAAUAAUUAGGGGCCAUGAUUGCUUAUUGCUUUUUGUAGUGUAUAUUUCAUAUUCAUUGAUGAUUUGAAAUAAACAUGCCACCACAAAUAUGA